GCGGUUCACCUCUUAAUAGAAAACAUUGCAGUCAACUCGGACUAAAUUCAAAAUCUGAAUUUAAUUUUAAUUUCCAAAAUUUUUUGUAUUUCAAUUAUUCUAAAUUUUAAAUUUAAGCAUAGUAUGGGCGGCAUUGUCAUAUCACGUCUUAUCAAAUAGUUAUAAAAUGAAUAUGUAUCAGUCCCAGUCGACAUAUUUUGGUAUAUCCAUUUGGAAUUUCCGAAACUACAAAGUGUUUCCAGAUAUUGUCGAGCCGUUUGACACGAUGACAACGAAAAGAGAGGGAUAUCAAAAAAGUUGUCUAUCCCCCAAACAAGAACCACCGUCCCCACCACCGCUAAUUCUUCCUCGUUGGAUGGACUGUGAUUGGGGUUAUCUCUUCGAGCCUGCGACAGAGAAGGAGGAGUACGUUUGCGCCUACUCGGAAUCCCUGCAACGGUCCAAACUUUGUCCCGAGAACAGACCUCAUUGUUACUGCGGACAAGCGGGUAGUGACUAUUUAGCAGCAAUAAGGACAUCGUUAUCAACUUUUCCUUCUCACAGGGCGAAAGGAACCUGUCAACGCCAUAAUGGACAUACUGAUACGGUCGAAAAAUUAAAAACAGAGUCACUCAAUAUGGGGAAGCCUGAAUCGUCGAAUAACGGCGAUGAUAAGCCGAUAAUGUCAACACAAGAAAAUGCGAACACCUUCAAACCGACACGCUCAUCAGAUGAAACAAUGCAAUUUAUAGAUGUCCCGUGUCCUUCAUCGUCUUCUUCUACUACAGAAAUUCUACCAGCUCAGGAACCGCAACCACCGGUGUUACCAUCGUAUAAAACGGCAGUCUUCAUGAUGGAAAAUGCAACAAAAACUCAAAAUUUCAGCGGAGGACAAGUAAUUCAAAAUCAAAACAUACUGGCAGGGGGUCCUCCGGGAGUAUUUGUCCCCCCACCAAACCAAAUAGCUCCACCAAUGUCGAUUCCUUCAGAAAAGCUGUCACUACCCCGGCCGAAUGCUGUACCUCCGCCAUCUUCCUCUCUUGAAGUUGCUCCCUUCAAAGUCAUGUCUCGAAACAACUCAAAUGUCGUAUUCCGAUUUCCAAAUGACGCAGCCCAAGUGCCAAAAUAUUACAAAAUUAUGACUGGUAACGGAAACGUGUACCGAGUUUCGAGUCAACAUAAACAAGUAUGGGAAACAUUUAUGCGCAUCAAUGUGACCACUUUGCCAGGAAUUUUUACACAGGAACAAAAAACCAGUGACGACCCAAAGGAUGCCCUCCUCAACCCUGCCGAUAUGGUUGACCCACCAAACGUUACGUGUAUUUCACUCUUGUCCGACACUCCAGCCACAACCUGGUCGUCGUCAACAACACCAUUUGAGGAACCUCAAAUUUUUCACCGUGGUGCAAAUGCGUCAGUAAAUUGUGGUGGACAGAUUGAAGCUUUAACGGCUUCACAUUCACUGGGUGAACUAUUGAUGAACCCUUGUUAUUUGGAAGAAUUUUCUAAAAUGAGCCUAGACGAUAUUUCACUUCAGUGCAACCUCAACGAGUUCUUUGACCAAGUAUCAAGUUUUUUAAAUUUGGAUCGCCAACCGAGGGGGAAACUUCUGCAGGAUUCAGCCUCUCUUCCCGUGGAGCAGGCAAGGGAUUAUCAACCGGUGAAGGGACCACUGACUUUGUCCAUGCCACGAAAAGUGAAAAAAUCCACCUUGCCACGAAAGAACAAGCGACGACUAGUGGAUCCCCUCGCGGGGGUGGAGGAUCACCAGUUGGUAGCGAGUAAACAUGAGAAAAAUGCUGUGAGGAUAAGGCAAGGCUGCCAUGAACCCGUGAAGAAGAGGGCUAAACAGGACCUUGAUGUGAUGAUUAAGAAAGAACCUCAGAAAUAUUAUUAAUUUUGUAUUAUAGUUAACUAAUGCAAGUUAACUAGUAUUAUUAGAAUUUGUUGUUGUUACUUUUAGUACAAAAGCGUUUAAAGUUACCUUUUACAGUAUUAUGUACAAGGUCAAUUUAUUACUCAUCAUCUAUAUGUGGCAUAAAAUUUCGCGAAAAUUUUACAAGAUUAUUUAUCAACUACCAAAACUCAAAGUACUUAAAACUAAAAAUAGAAUAAAAGACUGUUUCAAUAUGCAAAGUUUAAAAAA